AUGCACUCUGUGCAGAAACGAAAUGUGCUUCCCCGUUGGAGGUCCUCCUCCUCCUCUGAUCGCAAUCUCUCACGCUCCCAUCUGCUCCCCCCCAUCCCAGCCAAGCAGCGGCACUAUAGCCAUCAUACCUACAGGCACCACCUCUCCCUCCCUCCCACGUCACCUGCACCCCGACCGCCUGACAUGCUGUCACCCAUCCGCCUCCCCAGCCCAUACCCCACUCCCUUUGUGUUUGGGCCAUAUAGUUUUCUCUCCACUCUCCCCCCCUUAACCCCCUACUCCCCCCCUUUCUCCCUCGCUGUCCCAUCUCCCCCUCCUUGUUCUCUUACCCUGCCCUCCCUCUAUUUACCCGCAGCUGCUCCUAGCAGUGCCAUGCCCUCUCCCCGCAACAUCCCCAAGUUCAUUUCCCUGCCUUGUCGUCACCCUACAUCUCUUGUUGCCCCAUUCCCUUCAUGGCAGGUUGGUGCAUCAGUAGGCCUGGUGGGCCUAUGCCUCGUCCUACUGCCCGCGCAUCCUACAACAGCGGUUUCAAUUAACUUUCCGCAUUGCUCUGCCAUAGCACCCUUGUGUUCCGCCAACUCCCCCUUCACCGCUUCCAACUCCCCCUUCACCGCUUCCAACUCCCCCUUCACCGCUUCCAACUCUGCCCUCACCGCCGCCAACUCCCCCUUCACAAUUGCAAACUCUCUCUCCCUCUCCACCACAGCAGUCACAUUAUUCUGGUCCCCUGCAGCAAGCAAUGUGCGCCGCAACUCAUCCACCUCCUCCUUGUGUGCAGCCAACUCCUCUCUCACUGCUGCCAGCACCGCCUCUUUGAUCAACGCAUUCAGUGCACUCGUCACUCUCUCAGCAGCCAUAUCAUCCACUGGAAUCGCCUGA